AUGCCAAGUGGACGAGCCUUUAGGCUGAUCAAUUCAACUAGUUAUGACUGCUCUGGAAAUGUUGAGGUUUAUCACAAUGGACAGUGGGGGACAGUUUGUAAUGAUUUCUGUAGUCUACCAAAUGCUGAGGUGUUCUGCCGACAGCUGGGCUGUGGAAAAGCUGUUUCGGCCCCAAGAAAAGCCUACUUUGGUCCAGGCUCUGGACCCAUCAUCCCAUCUAAAGUGUGGUGUAAAGGGGAGGAAUUAAACCUCUGCAAAUUACUCUUGUGGAGGCUUCCUUUCCCAACCCUCAGGAAGAAUCUUCAGCCUGAAUUACCUGGGAAACUCUCCAAAAACACCAAGUGUUUCUGGGAUAUUGAAGUAUCAAACAAUUACCUUGUGACCAUAGUAUUUGGAGAUGUUUGGUGUGAAACUUCAGCCUCUACCUUCAACCUCAAAAAGCCAUUAAAGACCUCAGAGGUCUUUCCAAGGCAUUUUGUGCUCAUCCAGAAGGUGAGAGAGCAGGUGGCACUGAAAGGAAUGCCAACAUCUCCAUGGCAAAUAGAAGGAAUGGAGCAGGAGAAACACCUGAAGCACUCUCCAUGCACCACGAAAUACCAGUGGCUACAAUAUAAGAGGAAUCCGAUUGGGAAGGACUCAGAGGUUUUGAAACAAGUUGAAGCUGAGUUGGUUUCCUUCCCAUCUGUGUCCAAUGCAGGUCUGCCUCUGAGACUAGUCAAUGGAGGGGACAGGUGUCACUGUCGAAUUGAGGUUCUUUACCAAGGAUACUGGGGUACUGUCUGUGAUGAUGGCUGGGACACAAGAGAUGCCAGUGUUGUCUGCAGGCAGCUUAAUUGUGGCUAUGCAGUGUGAGCCCCAGGAGGUGCCCGAUUUGGUCAAGGCUCUGGAAACAUUCUCCUGGAUGAAGUGAAUUGCUCUGGGGCAGAGUCCUACCUGUCCAAUUGCCCUCACCAUGGGUUCUAUGCCCAUGAAUGUGGCCACAGAGAAGAUGCUGGAGUUAUUUGCUCUCACUCAGGCAGUGUAUCCAAAGGACUUAGAGGAACAGUAGACUUUGGAAGUAGUGAGUCACCUUUAUACACAACAAUAUAUGAAACAGAUUCCAGUCUGGCCUUGACACUGGUGAAUGGAGGAGACAGAUGCCAGGGUCGAGUUGAAGUCAGAUACCAAGGCUCCUGGGGCACCGUUUGUGAUGACAGCUGGGAUUUGACUGAUGCCAACGUUGUUUGUAGGCAGUUGGGCUGUGGAUAUGCUUUGUCAGCUCCAGGAUUUGCCCAUUUUGGUCAGGGCACUGGCAGAAUUGUCCUGGAUGAUGUGCAGUGUUCUGGAUAUGAAUCCUACCUGUGGAACUGUCCCCACAGCAGGUGGCUGUCCCACAAUUGUCAGCACAGUGAGGACGCCAGUGUUAUCUGCUCAGAUUCUGGUCUGGCCUUGACACUGGUGAACGGAGGAGACAGAUGCCGGGGUCGAGUGGAAGUCAGAUACCAAGGAUUCUGGGGCACCGUUUGUGAUGAUGACUGGGAUGUGACUGAUGGCAACGUUGUGUGCAGGCAGCUGGGCUGUGGAUAUGCUGUGUCAGCUCCAGGAUAUGCCCGUUUUGGUCAGGGCACUGGCAGAAUUCUCCUGGAUAACGUGCGGUGUUCCGGGUCUGAAUCCUAUCUGUGGUCCUGUCCCCACAAUGGAUGGCUGAUCCACAACUGUCGGCACAGUGAGGAUGCCAGUGUCAUCUGCUCAGCUUUGAGGGAAGUCUCUAAAAGCCCUGAGGUUUCAUUCCUGAGGGAGGAUACCGAAAUGAAAUUGUUCUCUCCCCCUCUCUCCCUUGGAUUAGAUUCUGGUCUGGCCUUGACACUGGUGAACGGAGGAGACAGAUGCCAGGGUCGAGUGGAAGUCAGAUACCAAGGAUCCUGGGGCACCGUUUGUGAUGAUGACUGGGAUGUGACUGAUGGCAACGUUGUGUGCAGGCAGCUGGGUUGUGGAUAUGCUCUGUCAGCUCCAGGAAGGGCCCGUUUUGGUCAGGGCACUGGCAGAAUUCUCCUGGAUAACGUGCGGUGUUCCGGGUCUGAAUCCUAUCUGUGGUCCUGUCCCCACAAUGGGUGGCUGAUCCACAACUGUCGGCACAGUGAGGAUGCCAGUGUCAUCUGCUCAGCUUUGAGGGAAGUCUCUAAAAGCCCUGGGAUUUCAUUCCUGAGGAAGGACACUGAAAUGAAAUUGUUCUCUCCCCUUGUCUCCCUUGGAUUAGAUUCUGGUCUGGCCUUGACACUGGUGAACGGAGGAGACAGAUGCCGGGGUCGAGUGGAAGUCAGAUAUCAAGGAUCCUGGGGCACUGUUUGUGAUGAUGACUGGGAUGUGACUGAUGGCAACGUUGUGUGCAGGCAGCUGGGUUGUGGAUAUGCUCUGUCAGCUCCAGGAAGGGCCCGUUUUGGUCAGGGCACUGGCAGAAUUCUCCUGGAUAACGUGCGGUGUUCCGGGUCUGAAUUCUAUCUGUGGUCCUGUCGCCACAAUGGGUGGCUGAUCCACAACUGUCGGCACAGUGAGGACGCCAGUGUCAUCUGCUCAGCUUUGAGGGAAGUCUCUAAAAGCCCUGAGAUUUCAUUCCUGAGGAAGGACACUGAAAUGAAAUUGUUCUCUACCUCUCUCUCCCUUGGAUUAGAUUCUGGUCUGGCCUUGGUACUGGUGAACGGAAGAGACAGAUGCCGGGGUCGAGUGGAAGUCAGAUACCAAGGAUCCUGGGGCACUGUUUGUGAUGAUGACUGGGAUGUGACUGAUGGCAACGUUGUGUGCAGGCAGCUGGGUUGUGGAUAUGCUCUGUCAGCUCCAGGAAGGGCCCGUUUUGGUCAGGGCACUGGCAGAAUUCUCCUGGAUAACAUGCGGUGUUCCGGGUCUGAAUCCUAUCUGUGGUCCUGUCCCCACAAUGGGUGGCUGAUCCACAACUGUGACCACAGUGAGGAUGCCAGUGUCAUCUGCUCAGCUUAGAGGGAAGUCUCUAAAAGCCCUGAGAUUUCAUUCCUGAGGAAGGACACUGAAGUGAAAUUGCUCUCUCCCCUUGUCUCCCUUGGAUUAGAUUCUGGUCUGGCCUUGGUACUGGUGAACGGAGGAGACAGAUGCCGGGGUCGAGUGGAAGUCAGAUACCAAGGAUUCUGGGGCACCGUUUGUGAUGAUGACUGGGAUAUGAUUGAUGGCAACGUUGUGUGCAGGCAGCUGGGUUGUGGAUAUGCUCUGUCAGCUCCAGGAAGGGCCCGCUUUGGUCAGGGCACUGGCAGAAUUCUCCUGGAUAACGUGUGGUGUUCCGGGUCUGAAUUCUAUCUGUGGUCCUGUCGCCACAAUGGGUGGCUGAUCCACAACUGUCGGCACAGUGAGGAUGCCAGUGUCAUCUGCUCAGGCUAUUAUGUUAUUUCCAGGGACGCCCUCACCUGGAAGAGAUUGUGUGCAAUGAAAACAUGCGACGAUCCCAACUGUGGAUGCUCUUCGACAAGUUCUGAAGUGUGCUGGUGGAGACCAACCAUGAAGAACCAGUUAUGUGCCACUGCACCGAUUCCACCAAACCCUGGUGCCCCUGCACCGAUUCCACCAAACCCUGGUGCCCCUGCACCGAUUCCACCAAACCCGGAUUCUGGUCUGGCCUUGGUACUGGUGAACGGAGGAGACAGAUGCCGGGGUCGAGUGGAAGUCAGAUACCAAGGAUUCUGGGGCACCGUUUGUGAUGAUGACUGGGAUGUGAUUGAUGGCAACGUUGUGUGCAGGCAGCUGGGUUGUGGAUAUGCUCUGUCAGCUCCAGGAAGGGCCCGCUUUGGUCAGGGCACUGGCAGAAUUCUCCUGGAUAACUGUGCGGUGUUCCGGGUCUGAAUCUAUCUGUGGUCCUCCCACAAUGGGUGGCUGAUCCACAACUGUCGGCACAGUGAGGAUGCCAGUGUCAUCUGCUCAG